CGAACUGCUCCCAUCCCGCGGCCUGGCUGCAUCGUUCUUUGCAUGUCUCGCAGCCAGCGUGAAGAUGAGAUGAUCACACGGGCAUUGGCGGCUCUAAGCGCGUCUGUCGGACGUGGGUAUGGGUAGUGGGGCAAAGCCGAAGGGUCUCCGUGAGUCAAGCGGCUUUACAACAAUUUCUCUUCAGCCAAGUCGAAGUCGCACCAUGCCCUCUACAUAAGUCGCCAGUCUCCCCGCCGGACUCGAUCCUCACUUCCUCACCUCGCUUUCCUCCCCGGCCGCCAACAUGUGCGGAAUCUUCGCCUGCUACCGGCACCCGGAUGUGCAGAAAUUCAAGACGACGGCCCUGAAGAUGGGCAAGGCCGUCCGGCAUCGGGGCCCAGACUGGAGUGGCAACUGGAUCGCGAACGAUACCAUUUUGGUCCACGAGCGUCUGAGCAUCGUCGGCGUCGACUCUGGCGCGCAGCCGCUGGUCAACGACGAGGAAACCGUGUCUCUGGCCGUCAAUGGCGAGAUCUACAACCACCGCAUCAUCCGCAAAACACUCAAGAAGCCGUACAACUUCAAGACACACUCGGAUUGCGAGGUCAUCAUUCCGCUGUAUCUGCAGCAUGGCAUCGACGCACCGCGACACCUGGACGGCAUGUUCUCCUGGGUCCUUCACGAUAAGGUCCAGGACCGAGUUAUCGCCGCACGCGACCCCAUUGGCAUCACUUCCUUCUACCUGGGAAGGUCGAGCAAGACGCCAGGAGCUGUCUUUUUCGCCUCAGAGCUGAAAUGCCUGCACCCCGUUUGCGACGACAUUAUGUCCUUCCCUCCCGGCCACGUCUACGACUCCAAGACCGACAAGUUGACCCGGUAUUUCGAUCCCAAGUGGCUUGUAGAGCCCGACAACAUCCCGACGAACCCCGUAGACUACAAGGAACUGAGAGAAACACUGGAGAAGUCGGUGCGCAAGCGGUUGAUGGCUGAGGUCCCGUAUGGUGUGCUCCUGUCUGGAGGUCUUGAUUCGAGCUUGGUCGCUUCUAUUGCACAGAGGGAGACACUCCGGUUGAAUGGGCAGGCGAAGAAGCGCAUGACAGCCACCAACGGAACCGCCACCAACGGGGUGCAGAAUGGAUGGGAGGUAGAUGGGCAUGCUACCGGUCACCUCGUGGGUAUCGAUGACUCCAACGAACUGGCCACCGUCCAGAAACUCCCCCAAUUGAACUCGUUCUCAAUUGGUCUUCCCGGCGCUCCCGAUGCCGUUGCCGCUAAGGAAGUGGCAGAGUUCCUCGGAACUAAGCAUCACACAUUUACCUUCACGAUCGAAGACGGCCUCAACGCGCUGUCGGACGUCAUCUUCCACCUGGAGACCUUUGAUGUAACUACUAUUCGCGCCUCAACACCCAUGUUCUUGCUCAGCCGCAAGAUCAAAGCCAUGGGCGUGAAGAUGGUGCUCUCAGGAGAGGGAAGCGACGAGAUCUUCGGUGGCUACCUCUACUUCCACGCCGCGCCCGACAAAGCCGCGUUUCACCAGGAGACGAUUAAGAGGGUCGGCAACCUGCAUUUGGCCGACUGUCUGCGCGCCAACAAGUCCACCUCAGCCUGGGGUGUAGAAGCCCGCGUCCCCUUCCUCGACAAGCAGUUCCUCAACGUCGCCAUGAACGUCGACCCCGCCGAGAAGAUGAUCACCAAGGAUCGCAUCGAGAAGUACAUCCUCCGCAAAGCAUUCGACACCACAGACGAGCCGGACACGAAGCCCUACCUCCCCGACAAGAUCCUGUGGAGACAGAAGGAACAGUUUUCGGACGGCGUGGGCUACGGCUGGAUCGAUGCGCUCAAGGACAACGCUGAGCUGCAUGUCACAGAUGAGAUGAUGAAGAACCCCAAGCCGGAGUGGGGUGGCGAUAUCCCGGAUUCGAAGGAAGCUUAUUGGUAUCGGUGUAUGUUCGACGAGCACUUCCCGAGCUAUUGCGCGAAGACGGUCAUGCGUUGGACGCCGACGUGGAGUAAGCAGACGGAUCCGUCUGGACGUGCCGUCGCCAUCCACAACCAAAAGUACCAGUCCCCUGCCAACUAACUACUCUCGUCACGACCAAGAUUGUAGCCGUCAACCAAAAAGUUAGCUGCUUCACCGCAUUUCCUUCAGAUAUCUGUCAUUACCAGCGUUCCGGAAUUUUGGCGUGACUGCGCGAAGGGGUUCCUGUCUUUUCCGGCGCUCAUAGACCGUUUUUCUUCACCGAGACUGACUGCAUCAUGGCACCUAAUGAUGGGCAGGG